UCACGACGUUCUCACGCAGCGGAGAUUUGCCGGUGCCUCCCGGCUUCCGUCGAGCACGGCACAAGAUGGCGGCCUCCGAGACGGUUCGUUUGCGGCUCCACUUCGACUACCCGCCCCCUUCCUCUCCGCGUUGUUCAGUCUUCUGGCUCCUGGCCGACCUGACCAAAUGCCGAGUGGUCACUGACCUGGCCAGCCUCAUCCGCCACCGCUUCGGCUUCAGCUCUGGGGCGGCGCUGGGGCUCUACCUGGAUGGGGGGCUGCUCCCCCCCACUGAGAGCGCGCGCCUGGUGCGGGACAACGACUGCCUCAGAGUUAAAUUAGAAGAUGUUGACAUUGUUGAGAACUCUGUAGCAGUCAGUAAUGGGCUCAGUUAUUCAUACAAAAAAGCACGGAAGAGGAGAUCCACAUGGGAAGAAGAAGAGUCCGAUGCAGAAAAUGAUCAAUACAUAGAAAAGCAUUGGAAAGAGGGAGAGAUCAGUGAAACCUCUUCUCUGGAACCAGAUCAAGACACAAAGAAAAAAAACAAGAAGAGAAAAAGGAAUGAGGGAGGAAGUGAAAAUAAUGGAAAAUGGACCCCCCAAAAAUCAGGGAAAGAGAAGAGAGGAAAAGCUGAAGAAAAGAAACAGAAAAGGCCUCCAAAGUCUUCUAAAACAAAGACAUUGCCAGAACGGACCAAAAAGAGGUGUGUUGUUCAGAAGAGUGCUUCCAUUAAAAAUAGUUCAGCUGAAACCAAGAGGAAAAAGGAUAUUGGCUUGUCUGCUAAAGCCAACCCUGACACCUCAUCGGACUCUGAUUCUUCUGCCACAUCGUCAGAUGAUAGCCACAGCAAGACAAGUCUUGGUGGUAAAAAAUCAAUAGAAAAGGAGUCAUUCAUUACAUCAAAGUCAACCGGUUCCCACCCAAAGGCAGACAGACUUGUUACCGGCUCUGCUAAGGCCAAAGGAACUCAAGCCUCAUCCUCUAGUUUGGAUUCCAGUUCCAGUUCAGAUGACCAGGGCAGUAUGCCCAAGAGAGCUCCAGCGCCGGCUCCUCCCCCAGUGGGAGCAGCAGGAUCUCCAAGAUCUUCCCAGACAAAUGGUCCAGAUACAGGCAGUCACUUAGGAACAAGACAGGAGAUGCGAUACUCUGAUCUCUGGGAUAAGCCAGUAUUGGGAAAUAGUGGGAAACAACCAGCCCCUCUGACUGCAGAAGCAGCUCCUCAUCCCAGCAGUUUUGGAAGGGGGAGGGGAAGAGGGGAAGACAUUUUCCCUUGGAGGGGACCUAGGGGACGGGGUUUUCGUGGAAUCAGAGGACGAGGGAGAGGGGGAAACAUUAAUUAUGUGUUUAAUGGUGAAUCCCAGAAACAGCAGCAAUUAAAUGAAGUAGUAAAAAACACUUCCAUUAUUAUCCAGAAUCCAGUGGAGACUCCCCAGAAGGACUACAGUCUACUUCCUCAAUUAGCAGCACCCCCACGGGUAGGGGAAAAGAUUGCAUUUAAGCUUUUGGAAUUGACAGCAGAUUAUUCUCCUGAUGUCUCUAGUUACAAGGAGGGGAAAAUAAUAAACUACAAUCCUGAUGCUCAGGAAGUAGACAUAGAAAUCCUUUCAUCUUUACCAGUGGUGAAAGAGCCUGGGAAAUUUGACCUGGUGUACCAGAAUGAAAAUGGAACAGAAGUGGUAGAAUAUGCAGUAUCACAGGAUAAAAGGAUAACUAUUUGUUGGAAAGAACUGAUCGAACCAAGACUAAUUAUUGAGCCUCACACUGACACUCCAAAUACAGAACAGGCCUGACCUUUAUCAUUCCACCCAGUGUAUAUGAAGGACUAUAUAUUUAGUUUAUAAUUCAAAUAGUUUAUAAUUUUUGUUUGCUUUAUGACCUUGUGAAAAUAUGACUAUAGGUUGCACCUUUUCUAAAUAAAGUAUUUCAACAACAUAGAAUAAAAUUUUUAGUAUUUUUUUAUGUUAAGUAUUUUAUGAAAAAUAUACCUCUUAAUAUUAAAAACUAGUUACUUUAAAACAUCAUAUGUUACAGAAGUGGUAGUUAUCUUAAAUUAAUCAUAGUUUUAGAAUCACUGAUAAGUAAUUUCUACCCUCAAUCCUACCUUCAAGUCCUGUAAGUUGGUACAACUUUUAUAACAGAAUUUGAUAUAACAGUUGAAUGUUAUGAAGUUAAUAAACUUUUGGCCACUGGGUGGUAAUAUAAGAAAAGAAACUUUUUUUUUACUAUGCCAGUUAUAUAUGUAACAUUUAAACCACUAAAGCAAAUGUCCCCAUCUUAAUAAUUCUGUCUAUUGAAAAAUUUCAAAAACUUUAUUUUCAUUUAUAGACAGAUUAUCUCAAGAUAUAAUGAGUAUUUAUAUAAAUGUUUUCAGAUGUUUGGGGAGUAAUGUUCUGUGAACUUUUCGAGAAAAGGGGUACAGAAUUCAUGAGACCCUGUCUGAAGAAGUUAGCCUGAGAAACUUUGGAAAUGUGAAUUUGGAAAGAACUAGUUCUCAACUAUAAAAUAGUUAACAUGGGAAAUGCCAUGACAUCAGGUUUAGAUUGAUUUCGUGAACAAUCAAGUAGAUGUUUGACUUCAUCAUGAAGACGACGACCACCCUCCUAUUUGUAUCAAAGAAGAAAAACUGUCCUCCCUGUUUUGACCAUAAGUUUGUCAGAGACCAUGCAUUAUUACUCAGCAUUCCUGCUAGGAGGAAGAGCCGGAUUAUAGGAGUCAUUCCAGGAGCAUUUUAAAAUAUGUAACAUUCUAAAGAAAUCAGCAAGUUUUUCCUGAAAUUUGAAAUUAUCCCCAAUGCAAGAAAUAUUCUCUUAAUCUUAUACUAACCAAAAGACAAAAGUAUCACAGCAAGGUAAAGUAAAGCACAGAAUUUAGGGAUAGUGUUUUUGUUUUUCUUAAACAAAACAGUAAUGUCAUUGGACCCACAUAGACAUUUCUUUUAAAACCAUUCGCUCUUUCUUUCACCAUAUCCUCCAAUCAGUUCCUCUCUGUUUCAUCAAAGGGGGAUUAAGAGAUAAAAUUCUUAAUUGAAUUAAACAAAGGUACUUCUAUUAUUUCAGUCAGGUCCAGGGAAAGGAAAAGGAUCACUUCUCUUGAGCUGAUUCAUGAUGAAUCCGGGGACACUUCUUUUUAUUAAGAAAGAUUUUCUCCAUUUAAUCUUAGUUUUAAGGAAUUAAGUUCUUCCUUGGAUUUAAGUUCUGUUACUAAAAAGUGACUAGGUCUUUAAUUCAAGUGAAACAAAGGACUAAUUUAGAUUACCAAACUGUCAAAAUAUUGUUUCUUAAUCCUACAGCAAAAAAGCUUUAAUGGCUAUAUUUUCCCAGUAUUAAGAAAAUAUUGUUAGAAUUCUUACAAGGUGCUGUCAGUGGACUUGAUAAGAAACAAUGGUCGUUUAUCAGGGUACUUAACAGUUCUCUAGAUGUACUUAGUACU